AUGUCGUUAUCAAACUCUUCUGUGUUCAAGGACCUCGAUUCAAUCUGCCGAAGACUUCUUUUUCGAACCUCAAAAUAUGAAGAUCCUAUACUGCGUAUCUCAGUCCGAGAUUUAGCACGUUUAUGUAAGCUGCUGAAUCAGAAAUAUCAACAGUACUUAACGGCCACCGCUCUGGAACAUGAGGGUCGCUCUUCACUCAAACAUUGCCCCGGCCGGGCUAAGACAAGGAAUUCGGCACAAGAUCUAGUGCUUGAUCUAGAAGAAUUGUCGCAGGAAUGUAGAAGCGAAAUGGCGCAUGUUAUGUCACUACUUGACUCAAUCGCCAUUCUUGAUCAAGGGUCAUACUCACACAUGAACGGGAAUCGAGCACCCGUGGCCGACCAAUUUCGAACCGGAUCUCUUCAAGAAGAAACGUCAUUCAUGAAAACGAAGAUGGCACGAGUGGGGGAGCUGACCGAAAGCCUCUUCCUUCCAAACAUGAUCAGCGAUGCCAAGGAACAACUUAUGAAACUAAGAAAAGUUCGGACUGCACAAGAUCACGAGGUAGAAGAUGCAUAUCAAAGGUUUCGAGAUUCUUAUCACGACUCUAUGAACAACAUGGAGAAGAUUGUAAAGAUCUGUAAUGCUCACCAUGACCGGAUCUAUGUUCACACAUUUACAGAAGCGGAGAAGGUGCCAUAUGAAGCCGACCUUGAUAUCCCUCAGGCCGAGGGAAGUUUUGGCAUCGUCUACAAAGCAGUGAAUACAACAAACAAUACUGUCUUCGCUGUAAAGAUGUUUAAAAAGGUAUACUCCUCAAAGCAGCGGAGUAUGAUAUUGAAGGAGUUGGGACUACUGGAUAGAUGCAACCAUCCAAACCUGCUCACCUUGAUGGACGCCUACCAAGUACACGACGAUCCACAUACCUUUUACCUGGUUACUCAGCCCUGGGCGCCAUAUACGCUGGAAAUGUUUAUCCAUGAGACGGACAAUCAGAGACGAAAAUCGUGUCCAUGGUUCGCAUCGAGUUCAAUAAUGAAAGGAACAAAGAUACUGAUGGUGUUGAAAGGGCUGGCAGACGGUCUUGAUUACCUCCAUGAACAUUCGAUAAAGCAUAAGGAUAUAAAGCCAGAUAACAUCCUGCUUUAUGAUGAUAGUACUAGAGGGAUCCGGCCGAUAAUUGCAGAUUUCGGUGAGAGCAAAGUCUUCAGGCAAGGUGGAACCACGAACUAUUCCAAGAGCACGUAUCAUUAUCUUGCGCCCGAACAAGUCAACCACACAGACAGUAGUCUUAAGGCAGAUGUCUGGCAGAUGGGUUGUUGCUUUGCGUUCUUGUUGGUAAUUCUUAGUGAAGGAUCCCGAGGGUCAUGGGAAUUAUGGGGAAGCUUUAACAACGAUGAUCCAAACUGCUCCUGCAGAAUCUCGACGGAAUCCGAAGAGUUUAUGGAGACUCUACGGCGACUUUGCUGGAAAAGCGCAUACUCCCAGGAGCAUGUCCUGUGGAUAGUCACCGGGAUGCUAGAGCUACUACCAACGGCACGAAUGGAUAUUCGAGCCGUGAGAGAGGAGUUGUCGCAGCUUACCUGA